AUGAACUUUGAAUUCUCCGCUCCUAAUCUUCACGAACUCGAACAACUAGUCACUACUCUCGUGUCCGCAAAAACCAAAAAAGAUGGAACUGUGGUUUACCAUUUAAGAAUUGGUAUUCAAAAGUUUAUCUCCCAAGAACAGCUAGAUAGAAAUGGUGAAACUUACUGGAGAAUGUAUAGUGCUGAAACCCAGUUACUAAGUUUAACCAACACCAAGAAAAAACCCAUGCCAAACAAUCCAAUUCUGAGUCAGCAGUUAACUCCGCAACUAGUUAACACCGUUCAACAAUUAAGCACUAGUCUAAAAGCCAUUCAACCAAUUAGUUUAGACUAUUUACCGAACUUUCAAGCGGCUCUGACUGGCUUUUAUGAAGAAAAUGUUAAAGCAACAGUGGAAACUAAAGCCCAGGAAUUUAAAGACCUCUUGCAGAGCAAUAUCACCCAUGGUCAAAAAACCCAACAAGCCUUA